AUGCCAGGAACCUCGCGGGAGCCUCGGGGCGCUUCUAUCAGCGAGUCAACCCCGCUAUUAAACAGUGAUUCCUCUCACUUGCCCUCCUACUCUGGCGAAGUCAACGCCGCGACCGAUAAUGGAUCGUCCACCGUGCUGUCGUCCGACGAUGAUCCCACUCUCCUCAGUCUCUCUCGCGUGAAUUCGGUCCCUCAGGGAUUAGAAAUCGAGCCGAAUCUCGAGCGCAUUCCUUCCAUCACGAAGCCCGCCCCGACGGAUCCUGAAGGGAGCGCCCCCAGUGAAAGCUCCGGCUAUGCGUCGCGUUUUAUGAACGUCUCGCCCGUGAGGUUCUGGCUGAUCUUCUCCGGCAUCUUGAUGGGCUAUGUCAUCGGCUUCUUUGACUCGACCCUGAUGGCCUCCAGUCACCCGGUGAUUACCUCGCAUUUCCACGCCUCCAACGCGGCGUCGUGGCUGUCCACGGCCUUCCUAUUGACCUCGACUGCCUUCCUGCCUCUGUUCGGGCGCAUCUCCGACACCUUCGGCAGGAAGCCCGUCUACCUGUUCGCGAUCGCCAUCUUUUUUGUGACGACGGCGUGGUGCGGCUCUGCUCAGAGCAUCGGCAGCUUCAUCGCCGCCCGCGCCUUUUGCGGACUGGGAGCCGGCGGCGUCUUUUCCAUGGGCAUGAUCCUGUCCAGCGACUUGGUGCGCAUCGAAUACCGUGGUGUCUACCAGUCCUACAUCAACCUGUUCCUCGGGGUCGGAGGUUGCCUAGGCCUUGCCUUCGGUGGAUAUCUAUGCGAUCAGAUCGGAUGGAGAGGUGCGUUCUACGUCCAGCUGCCCUUUAUCUUCGUCUACUUUAUUGUCGCAGCGUGGACCACCCCCGCCGAUCUGGGCCUGAAGAGGGCCAGGGCCGAACGCUUGUCUUUACGUCAGUUGAUCAAGCAAAUCGACCUGGUGGGUUCGUUGUUCUUGGUCCUGGCGGUCACGUCGCUGAUCAUGGGCCUCAACCUGGGCGGAAACGUCUACAGCUGGACGCAUCCCGUCGUGAUCACGUCCUUGGUGAUGGCUUUCGUCUUGGCUUUUGUGUUUGUGCGUUAUGAACGCACCGUGGAGCGUGCCGUCAUGCCCAUCUCGUUCUUGUCGAGGCAGCCUCGUGCGAAUCUCAUCUUCGGCAACUUUUUCGGCUCCAUAUCCGUAAACACCAUGGUUUUUAACGCGCCCUUGUAUUUCCAAGCCGUCAAACUGGCCACCCCGACCGAGUCGGGACUCCGCCUGGUGGCAGCUACUCUGGCCGUCACCGUGUCCAGUGUUUCGACUGGCUUUCUAAUCACCUGGUCGAAACGUCUGAAGCCGACGGUGAUUAUCGGAGAUGUCUUUCUUUUCCUGGGCGGUUGUGCCGCAGCCGCGAUGAACAUGGGCACCCCGGACGCCAUCGCCAUGAUCUGCGUCUCCCUUUCCAGCCUCGGGCAAGGAUUCUCCUUCCCCUCGCUGAUGGUCUCAGUGCUGGCGACAAGCGAGCACGACGAGCAGGCCGUGGCAACAACCACGCUGGGCUUAUGGCGCAACCUGGGCUCCGUGAUGGGCGUGGCCACCAGCAGCUGGAUCUUCCAGAACACACUGGUCUACCACCUCGAGCGGCUCGUCACCGGACCCGAAAAAGAGCACAUCAUCUUCCUGGUGCGCAAGUCCGUCCAGGCCGUCGCCACAUUGGACCCUGUCCAUCAGCAGCAAGUGAUUGCAGCGUAUGCCGCCGCCCUUCGUGUCACCUUCGGGUCUGCGGCACUCUGGGGCGCAAUGAUGCUGUUCAUGCAUUUUCGACUGCGGUUGCCUCGAUUGGGCAGUAAGGCCUAG